AUGGCUCUUCCCAUCACUCAGGCCCCUGGCCAUCAGCAUUACACCUUUCCCUUGUGCGAGAAGCUUCAAGACGCGGCCGUCGUUGGUCUUCUCGUAGCUCAGAUUCAAGAUGCGGGUCUCGGCAACACAUAUACGGCCGUAGAGUUCGGCCAUCUGGUGCACGAUGAGGGUCACAAGUAUUUGACCCAGCACACUGGCAACAUGAAUGGGGAUGAGUGGGCUCAGAAAGCCGUGGAGAAUGCAAUCACUACAUGGAACGCAGUCUCAGGUCAGACCAAGAUGUUGCGCGACCAUCACCAGCUGCCUCGCACGAUCAGACAGCUUCUUCACAUGCAGCAGCCCACUAGCGACUCGAAGGACCAUGCUCGAUUCGUCACUGGCUGUUCGGUUGUCGGUCCUGCUGUCGGCUUCCUUGGCUCUCAUCGACAGUACAAUGUGAACUAUUGGCAGACAUAUGACCAGAAGUAUCCGCACUUGAGUCAUGUCGGCGUUACCGCAGGCCGCCUCAGCACUGUCAUUCUUCUGUCCAACCAUUUGGAUCUUAUCGUUCCUUGCCUUCAGCCAGGCUGUCCCAUUCGUAUCGAACGCAAGCAUCUCAUGAAGCACAAUAAAACCGCCCACGGUAAUGCCGACAUUGCAUGUCCAUUGCAGGCUCAGCACCCCUGUAAAUUCACAGCUAACCGACGUUUCGACGCUGUGCGGGACCACAUGUGGUCCACGCAUGAUUUCUACUAUCUGGGAGACCCUAUGGAGUACACCGACGACGAGAACCAUCUGAAACGCAAGAGCGCACCAACUUUGCAGGGACAUCUGUACUUUGACCUCGGCCUGUUGAGAUCUCUGAAAUUCGUUCUUGGAAAUCUUGAUGCGCAACUGGUAGCGGUCGCUUCUGUAAGCCCUUACCAGGUCACACCACGUCAAGAUCGUCUGAAUCAUACAACUGGCGAUCCUUUCAACGUAGGCGAUGAGCUGGUGAAGCAAUUGAUCAAGGUUCGCGUCGAGCUUGGAAGGGAGUGGUAUGUAGCAAUUGCUGCCAUCGUGAGAGAGCUUUUCGUUCAGGAUGAGUACAAGAUCAGAUUUCCAGCUAUGGUGUCUCAGCAGACUACCCAUGCAGUUCAAGGGCCUCAGCCUGUAGCAUCUCAACCUGCAGCAUCUCAGAACAGCGUUUCUGCAUCACUGGUUGUUCAUUCUACGACAUCGCAGGACAUGGGAGCUCAGCAGACUGCCGAUGGAUCCAUGGACACUCAGGCUUUGCCCGCUCAGGACAUGGCCCCUCAGCAGGAUGCCGAUGAAUUCAUGAAUGAUCAAGAUCUGCCAGCUCAGGACAUGUUCUCUCAGCAGGGUGCAGAUGGAUUCAUGGGAGACCAGACUAUGCAACCUCACUACCCGUCACCUCAGCAGGCCACUGAUAGAUUGCUGUAUGGUCAGGGUAUGCCAAUUCAACACCCGACAUUUCGGCCGGGAGCCUACGAAUUCACAGCUGGCCACUUCGUGGCGACUCAGGAAAUGGGACAUCAGAAUAAUGGCGACGCUUCUCAGCCACCUCAGUCUGUGGAUCCUGUUCGCUUCUCUCCGACAUUCCAUCCACGCCUCGUGGAUCCAGCAAUGUAUGAGGCUAUUCAGAAGUCCCCGAAGCCCGCGGACAACGAGCCAAACGAGUGA